GAAACUCUAGCCUCAUCACUGUCUCUGUGUGCUCAAUGUUGCAAGCAAGCAGGGUGACGGUGCCUUAGUGAAAAGGCACUCAAAGAAGCAUUACCACAAUAAUUACAUUUGGAAACAGGCGACUGCGUUUACCGGUACCUUGCUAAAAUAGUAUUUUAUAUUAGUUUGAUAAUGUCGGUGGGCAUUCAGUCGGGAUUUUCAAGUGAAGAGGUUCUGAACGUUCGCUUCCCACUCCACCGGGCGUGCAGGGAUGGAGAUAUCGGUGCGUUGUGCUCGCUUCUUCAGUGCACCUCAAACCCGGCGGAUUUAGCCGUGGAGGACUCUUUCUAUGGCUGGACACCCAUACAUUGGGCUGCUCAUUUUGGAAAGUUGGAGUGUGUGAUGCGUCUGGUGCAGGUGGGCUGUGGGGUCAAUGCGGUGACCACAAGGUUUGCUCAGACACCCACUCACAUCGCUGCGUUUGGAGGCCACCCAGAAUGCCUGCUGUGGCUGCUGCAAGCUGGCGCCGACAUCAACAGACAGGACUAUGUGGGUGAGACACCCAUCCAUAAGGCUGCCCGUGCAGGCAGUUUGGACUGUGUCAACGCUCUCCUGAUUCAGGGGGCGAAAGCUGAUAUGAGGAACGCUAGUGGGCUGUCCGCCGCUGACCUGGCCCAUGCCCAGGGGUUCCGCGAAUGUGCUGAGAUGCUCUCCAAUGCGCAGAACCUGCAGCAGAACCUGACCCAGACCCAGCUUAACGGCUUUUGUCUGAACGGUACCACCCAGAACGGAGGCCACUCCCACCCUCUCAUCCUAGGGCGGAGCCUCCUUAACGGGGCACCCAAUAGAAAGAGAUCGUUUGAUAACAUGGAAGCCAAUCAAAUCAAGAAGGCCAGAACUGACGGUAUGGGCCUGCCGCUGGGGAUGCUGAAUGGGUCGGUCUGCGGCGUUGGAGAGUUCCUGAUGGAGAGCAUACACCAGGAGAGCAUGGAGUCAGCGCCACCGGCAGUGAGCUCAGGUGGGCCAGGACACUUGGCGUUUGGGAUGAAUGGGUCUGCGCCGGUGCCAGGCCUGGUGGACCAGGGGGGAGUGGAGGUGUCCACACCGGCCCCUAAGGAGCUGGAGAUCUUCACUGUGGCCUCCAUGCAGAUCCCCUGUCGCUGCACUAACUCCUAUGCCUACCUGUAGAGACCUUAGAGUGCAUGUAUUGAGUUGAGUGUUGACCCUCCUAGUCAUUGUAUCUUGGUAGAAUGUCCAUCAGGCCCUCUCUGGCCAUGUUCUCUCACUGAUUGAAUUAAUUUUAGUGCCAUUGUCGGGUUCUUGGCAUGAUAAUGAUAUAUUUCCGGGUUCUAGAAAUAAAGGCAUAAAUAGUUAAUUUAUUGUAUUCUACAUACAUGUUAAGAAAAUCAUUGCCUUGCUACUAUACUUAAUUGAUAGAGAAACAUUCGUUUUAUGUUUUGUUGUUAUACCAGGUUCUUUGAUCCACACAAUUAUUGUUAAAUAAUCUUGUGUUUUUGGCAAAGCCCCUUAGGAUGAGUGACUUGUGUUUUGCACAAUUAUCCCUCCACACCCUACAUUGCCCAAUGGUAACUGUAAUAAUGUUGUAAAAUUCUAAUCUACAUUCCUUUGAUGUAGAAACGCCCACACCUUGGGAACAACUUACUGAAACCAGCCUCACUUGGUUUCCGGAGAAGAAUAGUGAGAAGGUUAGACUUCGGUUAGUUCAAAUCCUAGAGGCUGCACUGAAGUUUCCCUCCGCAUCAUGACUGCAAUGGCGGAAUUCUGACCAUUACGAAGUUAGACCAGUGGUUCCCAACUGUUUUUUAACCGUGGCACACCUUGAUGGGAUAGCACUAUUAAUUUAUUUAGUGUUAAUGACCUCUUAUUUUAUCUGAUCCAUACAGCAAAUCUAUUUUCUGUGACAAACGUUUUUUAUACAUUAAAUAUGGUUUGUUUGAAAUAGUUCCUUACUCAUGAUUGUUAUUGUCGUGUGUGUACUAGAGGUCUUCGUGAAUCCAGCUGGACACGAAUCCCCGAGACCAGAUCUGGGAUGCAAGCGUGUCCGGGUCGAGAAUUCUUAAUAUCUGCGUAGGGUCUGCUUCGGCUCUGAUAUGAUUGCCUUGGGUAUGUGUAAUUCUUAACUGACUUGCUAGGACCCACAUACAAUCGAACACGAAUGCUGCAGUAGCUUGCUUUGGCAAUGUUAACACAUGUUUCCCAUGCCAAUAAAGCCCUUGCAUUGAAAUUGAAUUGAGAGAGACAGAGAAGUUGUAUAAUUUUUGCUGCUGCUCUUUGUUUUUCAUGAGAGUGGUACGUGUAGCUUGUUGUUGGCCAAUCAUAAGAGCCAAUGUAUGCUUGGUCCGAAAAUGUGGUCAAGGCACCAUAUGGAUGGUGUGACACAAUUGCGGAGCCUCGGAGGGCACGCACAGGCCAAAUUGAGCUCUGUACCGCAUCGCCUUGCGCCACUCAAAUGCGGAGGUCUCCGUAUAGCUCCGCGUUGACUGAUUGGUUGACUGUAGGUGAGGGCGGGAGGUCCUGUAUAAACACAAACUGACUUCCUUGACAACUUCCUUCACUACAGCUCUGCGAGUUGUUUGUAACUGUAGAACGGGAAAGCGUAUGCAGCAUCAAAUAGUGUAGCUUGCGAUCUUAACUAGUUUCUCACGGUUUGAUGCAGUCAAUAUAGGUACCAGUACUUAAUCAUAUAUGAUGUUAAAUAACCUAGCUAUGGCAGCGAUUAGUCUACUAUAGCUCAAGUCGGAUUGGUUGGUUGAGGUCUCUCCCGCCACUGUUCCUGUGUCGCUCAUUCACGCACACUCACAGUAGCCUACCACACAGCAUGGCCCCUGCUAUGGCGUCAUUACUCUCUACCUCUUUCCUUGCGCUUUAUCAGCUCCGGUUAAUAAAGUAGCUUAAAAAUGUACUUGUCUGUUGCUUCAGGACCGGGUCUGUAUCGAUCUGGUCUAUACCGAACGGGUCUAGUUGUCCUCGGUUCUGUUCAGAACGGGUCCCUAUAUAGUUGUAUUUUAUUUAUGCAUAUCGGGUCCGGAUGGGAAACCCCAGGUCCAUUUUAGAAUGGAUCCAUCUUGUUUGACCCGUGAAGGCCUCUACCGGUUUAAGAGCGUCCCCGAAUCUGCACCAGAAAUAACAAAAUGUAGCACUGGUUAAAUAUGUAUUUUAGUUUUUAACGGUUUGCGCUACAAACAGGCGGGUUUCUCCGUUAUAAAGGUGCAACCAAGGACACAAAGCCAUGCUCUGUUUGUUUCUAUAGCACAGGCUGUGGUAUAGCUAAGCUCAGAGCCAUAUAGUAGGAAUUAAAUGACUCCGGCUAAGUUUAAUCAGACUUGCCUGUUUUAAUGGUUUUCACAGACUAAGUAAAGUGAUACAAAUUGUAUAACCGACACUAGUGCGCCAAAGUAAAAAUUCCACGUGCAUUCCACAGGUCCCGUUUUAUAAGUGCGUGUUAAACAUCGGUUGGGGGCCACUGAGUUAAGACAUCCAGUACUGCAUUUAGUGGUAGUAAUGUUGUUGCACCACUUUGGCCAAUAUGGGGAUAAAGACAUCAUUUGUCCAUCUCAUGUCAGAAUGAAGAGACUACUAGAGAAUGUUCCUGCCCUUAAAGUAAAAAUAAGGGAAAGCAUAUUUUGUUUUAUCUGCUUUUUCUUUUAUUCCCCCUGAGAAAAUCUACCUUUUUGGACAUUUCUGGUGGUGACUCUGUCUCAUAGCUAUUUUUUUAUACAAGAACUCCCUUGUUAUGCCAAAGCAUAUCUUUACGUUAAUGUUUAAAGUACAUACAUCUUUACUGUGCAGCUUUUAGGUAUUUCCAAGGUGUGCUACAUGGCCUGACCCUGUCCUAUUAGCUCGCAGACUGGUUGGAUUAGCCCCUCAUAGUGCCCUCAUCUUCUCUCAUUCUACUUUUCUAGGAAAGGACUUUGUACACUUUUCUGUAUAGCCUAUCUAUUGUGUCUGGUGUUGAAAAUGGUGUGAGUUUAUUUGGACUGUUUUUCUAAGUUUUUGCAGCGUUAUUUGGCUUGUGUUUUGUUGUAUUGCUUUGCUAACUAACUGCAGUAAUGACAAAAUGUUAGACGUUGAUCUAUGACAAAUGAGCGUGAUUAGUAGUGCUACAAUUUUUAUAAAGCAAGGCAAAGCUACUCUUGCCUAAGGCAAUUUUUUAAGAAGGAAAAAUAGGAACCUUCAUAAAUGUAUUGGUCACAAACUUUAAAUCCCUCCCUACAUACAUCUGCUUCAUGACAAUUUUUCGGUCGAGCAAUCCGCUCAGCAGUACUAUUCAGUCUGUACAGAAUCACAAAUGUUAAUGAGUAGAUGGCAUAUAUUGAUGCAAAUUAGAGCUGACGCUCAGUGUGGGGUAGUUUUGUACGGUUUAAACUCAUUAAAAGGUACUUCUUUUGAAUAAAAUUAUGAUGGUGGGGCUAUGA